UAAAAUAUUAUUUGGUGGGCGGCUGUCACGGGCAACAUCACAUCUCUGGCAAGAGCUGAGGAUCUUGUGAGCCCUGGGGUUGACUAAAAGCCCAUUCUAGUAAAAUUUUCUGAGAGGUGUCAGGCUUUGCUCUCUGCGGGCUGAAUUGGAGAAAGCUGUGACUUAUAUAACUUCCUGUAAUCACCCAGCAGUAUCUGCUGCCGUGGAGAGCUGCCCGCUCUCCUUGUCUUUGCUGAAUGAAGGCAGCCUGGCCCUUCCUUCCUUGCUGCUGAUUUACCUUCUACUUCUGGCUUCAUGUGUGGGAUCGAUUUUUUUUUUAAAACUGAAACUGAAAUGCUGUUUUAACCAGAAGAAUCCAUCCUGUUUUUUGAAGAUGGGAAAUUCUUACGCUGGACAGCUGAAGACGACCCGUUUUGAAGAAGUCUUGCAUAAUUCCAUCGAAGCCUCCCUGCGUUCCAAUAACCUGGUGCCCAGGCCAAUCUUCUCCCAGUUGUACCUGGAAGCUGAGCAGCAGUUAUCCUCUCUGGAAGCUGGAAGCCGAGCGGACAAUGAGGAAGAGGAAGAAGAGGGAGAAGGAGGGUUGGAAUCAAACAGCCCCCCAAAUCCUUACCAGAUGCACCCUCCGCUUGAAGGAUGCUGCAGCACCGAUGGGUUCUGCCAGGCCGGGAAGGACCUGCGCCUUGUCUCCAUUUCCAGUGAGCACAUUGACGUCCCUGCAGGCUUUCUCCUUGUGGGGGCCAAGUCCCCCAGCCUGCCAGACCACCUCUUGGUGUGUGCUGUUGACAAGAGGUUCUUACCAGAUGACAACGGCCACAAUGCUCUUCUUGGUUUCUCUGGGAAUUGUGUUGGCUGCGGAAAGAAAGGCUUCUGUUACUUCACGGAAUUUUCCCAUCAUAUAAAUCUUAAAUUGACCACCCAGCCCAAGAAGCAGAAGCACUUGAAGUACUACCUGGUCCGUAAUGCGCAUGGAACUCUAACUAAAGGACCUUUAAUUUGUUGGAAAGGCUCAGAGUUCAGGAGCCGGCAGGCCUCUGCCAGCAUGUGUUCCAGUUCUCUCUUCCAGCCACUGGAGAACUCUGGGCCUCUGGCAACCUUCCCCAGUGAGCCCAUCCCUGGAGCAAACCCAAGCAUGGUGAUGGGAGUGCAACAGGCAGGAUCAGCCUCUGAUCACUUCUCGCUAACAGCAGCACUGGGUUCAGCUGUUUUCAAUGGCAAAGAUUCCCCAAAGCAUCAACAGUUGGUGAAGAACAACCUGGUGGCUCUGCCAAGGCCCUCAGCUUUAGGUAUCUUACCAAACUCCGGGCCCCCUAAAAAACGACACAAAGGGUGGUCCCCAGAAUCUCCGUCAGCUACAGAUGGUGGCUACCCCCAGGGUGGUGGGAACAGAGCUAAGUAUGAGACUGCAGGCAUGUCCUGCAUGCCCCAGGCUGGCUUGGUGGGUCCAGCUUCAGCCACCUUUCCCAUUGUGGCCUCCGGAGAGCCAGUGUCUGUUCCUGACAACUUGCUGAAAAUAUGCAAGGCCAAGCCGGUGAUAUUUAAAGGCCAUGGGAACUUCCCUUACCUCUGUGGGAACCUGAAUGACAUUGUUGUAAGCCCUCUCCUGUAUACAUGCUACCAGAAUUCCCAGUCCAUCUCUCGAGCGUAUGAGCAGUAUGGGGCUUCCACAAUACAGCCUAUCUCUGAAGAGAUGCAGCUCUUACUAACCGUCUACUAUCUUGUCCAGCUUGCGGCAGACCAGGUGCCCCUGAUGGAGGACCUGGAGCAGAUCUUCACGCGCUCCUGGCGCGAGUCCCACCUGACGGAGAUCCGACAGUACCAGCAGGCGCCUCCGCAGCCCUUCCCGCCAGCGCCUAGUACUGUGGCGCCUGUCACCUCGGCGCAGCUUCCCUGGCUGGCCGGUCUGGCUGCCAGCUCCUGCAACGACAGCGUGCACAUCAUCGAGUGCACCUACUCUCUGGCCGAGGGCCUCUCUGAGAUGUUCCGACUGCUUGUCGAGGGCAAGCUCUCCAAGACCAACUACGUGGUGAUAAUCUGCGCCUGCCGGAACUCCACUAUCGACUCCUGCAUCGCGGUAACUGGAAAAUACCAAGCCCGGAUUCUUUCUGAGAGCCUUCUCACCCCAGCGGAGUACCAGAAAGAAGUCAAUUAUGAGCUGGUGACAGGAAAAGUGGACUCCUUGGGGGCCUUUUUUAGCACCCUCUGUCCAGAGGGCGACAUUGACAUUUUGCUGGACAAAUUUUAUCAGGAAAAUCAAGGCCAUAUUUCUUCCUCACUUGCUGCCUCCUCUGUCACUAAACCAGCAUCCCUGGAUGUCAGCGUGGUACCAGCGUGCACAAGCUACAAUCUGGACCCACACCGAGUCCGGCCCUUCCAGUUGGCAGUGGCCCAGAAGCUCCUCUCCCAUGUGUGCUCGAUUGCUGACUCCAGUACCCAAAACCUGGAUUUAGGAUCCUUCGAGAAGGUUGACUUUCUGAUUUGUAUCCCACCCUCAGAAGUGACCUACCAGCAGACCUUGCUCCACAUCUGGCAUUCAGGGGUUUUGCUGGAGCUUGGCUUGGAGAAGGAGCACAUGACCAAGCAGAGAGUAGAACAGUAUGUUUUGAAGCUAGAUGUGGAGGCUCAGACAAAAUUUAAGGCCUUUCUGCAAAACUCCUUUCAGAAUCCGCAUACCCUCUUUGUCCUAAUCCACGACCAUGCCCACUGGGAUCUUGUGAGUAGCGCUGUUCAUAAUCUCUACUCUCAAAGUGACACAUCCGUGGGAUGGGUAGACAGAUUGCUCAACUGCAGGGAGGUGAAGGAGGCCCCCAACAUCCUGACACUUCACGUGACUUCCUUCCCAUACGCUCUGCAGACACAACACACCCUCAUAAGCCCGUACAACGAGAUCCACUGGCCCGCCUCCUACAACAAUGGAGUGGACUUGUAUCAUGAAAAUCAGAAGUACUUUGGGCUGUCAGAAUUUAUUGAAUCCACCCUUUCAGGACACAGCCUCCCCUUGCUCAGAUACGAUAGUUCUUUUGAGGCUAUGGUCACCGCAUUAGGAAAAAGGUUCCCCCACCUGCACAGCGCGGUCAUCAGGACCUUUGUUCUUGUGCAGCACUAUGCAGCGGCCAUGAUGGCCGUGAGCGGCCUCUCACAGAUGAAGAACUACACGUCCGUGGAGACGCUGGAGAUCACCCAGAACCUCAUCAGCUCCUCCAAGCAGUGCCCCUGUGGCCACGGGCUCAUGGUCCUGCUGCGGGUCCCCUGCUCGCCCCUGGCAGCUGUGGCCUAUGAGCGGCUCUCCCACGUGCGGGAGCGGCUGGCCCUGGAGGAGCACUUUGAGAUCAUACUGAGCAACCCCAACUCUGGCAUCACUGUCGGGAAGCACUUUGUGAAGCAGCUCAAGAUGUGGCAGAAAAUUGACGACGCUGAGUGGAGACCUCAGACGUACUUGGAGUUGGAGGGCCUGCCUUGUAUCCUAAUACUCAGUGGGAUGGACCCGCACGGUGAAUCCUUGCCAAGGUCUUUAAGGUAUUGUGACCUGCGUUUAAUAAACUCCUCCUGCCUGGUGAGAACAGCCUUGGAGCAGGAGCUUGGCCUGGCUGCCUACUUUGUGAGUAAUGAGGUUCCCUUGGAGAAGGGAGCUGUGAACGAGGCCCUGGAGAGUGAUGCGGAGAAGCUGAGCAGCACAGAUAAUGAGGAUGAGGAACUGGUGACAGAAGGCUCCACCUCAGAGAAGAGAAGUCCUGUGAAGAGGGAAAGAUGCUGCUCCCAUGACUCUGCCUCUUCAUCCCUCUCCUCUAAAGCAUCCAGCUCGGCUUUGUGUGGUGAGUCUUCGGCACAGCUGGUGGGGCCCUCACUGGGAGAGCAGGCCAGAUCGCCACAGCCCUGUGGCCCUUCAGAAGAGGUCACAGCCCCAGGUGACAGGCAGAGACUCAGGGUGAGUCAGGGGUCACAGUCGGUCAUCAGCAGGUACAGCCCUGGGCUGGCCCCUCAGCCUGACUCCUGCCUCAAGACCAGCCAGAGGAGCAUCCAGGUGUCAGUGGCCUCGUCGUCCUCCCAGCUCUCCUCCUCCUCGGGCUCCUUCUCCUCCUCCACAGUGCCCACAUCUGGCCCGUUCGUCCUGCAGGCUCCCCAGUGCUCUAUGACCAAGGCCUGCAGGCAGCCACCCAUCGUCUUCCUGCCCAAGCUGGUGUAUGACAUGGUCAUGUCCACUGACAGCAGCGGCCUGCCCAAGGCUGCCUCGCUCCUGCCCUCCCACUCGGUCAUGUGGGCCAGCUCCUUCCGCCCCCUGCUCAGCAAGAUGAUGACGUCCACAGAGCAGUCCCUCUACUACCGGCAGUGGACAGUGCCCCGACCCAGCCACAUGGACUACAGCAACCGCUCCGAGGGCCGUGUGGACAGCUUCCACCCCCGGAGGCUGCUGCUCAGCGGGCCCCCUCAGAUUGGGAAGACAGGUGCCUACCUGCAGUUCCUCAGUAUUUUGUCGAGAAUGCUCAUUCGGCUUACUGAAGUAGAUGUUUAUGAUGAAGAAGAGAUCAAUACUAACCUCAAAGAAGAAUCAGAUUGGCAUUAUCUCCAGCUCAGUGACCCCUGGCCAGACCUGGAGCUGUUUAAGAAGAUGCCCUUUGACUACAUUAUUCACGACCCAAAGUAUGAGGAUGCCAGUCUGAUCUGUUCACACCAUCAAAGCAUAAAGAAUGAAGACAGGGGGAUGGCGCGGAAGCCGGAAGACCUUUACUUGCGGCGUCAGACGGCACGGAUGAGACUAUCCAAGUACGCAGCUUAUAACACGUACCACCACUGUGAGCAGUGCCACCAGUACAUGGGCUUCCACCCUCGCUACCAGCUCUAUGAGUCCGCCCUGCACGCCUUUGCCUUCUCUUACUCCAUGCUAGGAGAAGAAAUCCAGCUCCAUUUCAUCAUCCCCAAGUCCAAGGAGCACCACUUCGUCUUCAGCCAGCCUGGAGGCCAGCUGGAGAGCAUGCGGCUGCCCCUCGUCACAGACAAGAGUCACGAAUAUAUAAAAAGCCCAACAUUUACUCCAACAACUGGCCGUCAUGAACACGGACUCUUUAAUCUGUAUCAUGCAAUGGAUGGUGCCAGUCACUUGCAUGUCCUGGUUGUCAAGGAGUAUGAGAUGGCUAUUUACAAGAAAUACUGGCCCAACCACAUCAUGCUGGUACUCCCCAGUAUCUUCAACAGUGCUGGAGUUGGUGCGGCUCAUUUCCUAAUCAAAGAGCUCUCCUAUCAUAACCUGGAGCUGGAGCGGAACCGGCAGGAGGAGCUUGGGAUCAAGCCGCAGGACAUCUGGCCUUUCAUUGUGAUUUCUGAUGACUCCUGUGUUAUGUGGAACAUGGUGGAUGUUGACUAUGCCGGGGAAAGAAGCAGGGAAUUUUCCUGGUCGGAAAGGCAUGUCUCCUUGAAGCACGUCAUGCAGCACAUCGAGGCGUCCCCCGACAUCACCCACUAUGCCCUGAUCGGGAUGCGGAAGUGGUCGAGCAAGACCAGGAGCAGUGAGGUGCGCGAGCCCUUCUCCCGCUGCCACGUCCAUGACUUCAUCAUUCUGAACGUGGAUCUGACCCAGAACGUGCAGUACAACCAGAAUCGGUUCAUGUGUGACGAUGUGGACUUCAACUUGCGUGUGCACAGUGCGGGCCUCCUGCUCUGCAGAUUCAACCGCUUUAGCAUGAUGAAGAAGCAGAUUGCGGUGGGCGGGCACAGGUCCUUCCACAUCACAUCCAAGGUGUCUGAUAACCCCGUGGCCAUUGUGCCAGCCCAGUACAUCUGUGCCCCGGACAGCAAGCACACGUUUCUCGCUGCCCCUGCACAGCUCCUGCUUGAGAAGUUCCUCCAGUACCACAGCCACCACUUCUUCCCCCUCUCCCUGAAGAAUUACAACCACCCUGUGCUGUCAGUUGACUGCUACCUUAACCUGGGAUCUCAGAUUUCUGUUUGUUACGUGAGCUCCAGGCCCCACUCUUUAAACAUCAGCAGCUCUGACUUGAUGUUUAGUGGACUCCUGUUAUACCUCUGUGACUCUUUUGUGGGAGCUAGCUUUUUGAAAAAGUUUCAUUUUCUAAAAGGUGCAACCUUGUGUGUGAUCUGCCAGGAUCGGAACUCACUCCGCCAGACAGUCGUCCGCCUUGAGCUGGAAGAUGAGUGGCAGUUCCGACUGCGUGAUGAAUUCCAGACUGCCAAUGCGAAGGAAGACAGGCCUCUCUUUUUUCUGACUGGAAGGCACAUCUGAGGGAGACAGCGGCAGAUUUUCUGGAAUAGUGGAGCAUUCAGAGCCCUCACUGAAGCUAAAGGAAGUCCUAGAACCAUGGGGUAUUUGAACUGGGAUGGGUCCCAGAGACUGUUGUUCAGUCUCUCAUAGUACUUCUCAGGGGACCGAGGCCCAGAGAUGGAUGGUGACUAACUGAAGGUGACAAAGAGCCAGUUGAUGGUGAGCAGGAAUGUAAACCCAAGCCUCUUGAAUUCUGGGCUAGAGCCUUUCCUACCUUACCUCACUACUCUGGGCUAUUUUAAAACCAUUUUUGAAGAACAAGUGUUGGUCUGUUAUUAUGUCAUUUGUAUACUUCCAUGGACAAGCCUGCGUUUUCUCUUAGUCUCGAAGAAUCCCUCUUAAAUUAUCUUGUAGAGGUACCUGCAUUUCAGACAAUGGACGUGAUUUCAGCCAAGGAAGUUUUCCUGUAACCUACUACAAAGCAAUAUUCCAAAAGAACAUUUUAACUGUAAAGGCUGGGGACAAGAUAAACUAAGAAUUAGAUCACUUAAUGAGGAUUA